AUGAACGGGGUAGACGGACUUGAGAGCUGUUCGAAGCAGAUCAAAGGAAACCGAAGUGAAGCUGUAGGAUGAUGGAAGUCCAAAUGGAAGCCACCACCCAAGAAGAAGACAGGCACCCUAGAGACCCAGUUCACUCGCCCUUUCUGCAACCCCAAGAAGUCUUGUGAUGUGAAAAUGAACCGUGCUCAUAACACUGGAGUCAUCCCCUGUACCAUAUGCUUAGAGGAAUUCCAGACACCUAUUGUGUAUCUGUCAGACCCAGUGGAUGUAUACAGCGAUUGGAUAGAUGCUUGCAAGACAGCCAAGACUCCCCUCAGCAGUCCCCCACCUGGGUACCGAUACAGAGACAUUCAGGGCUCCAGAGUAUAGGUCCAGGGCUGUGACAGUCCCCCCUCUGUGUGCAUGGAGUGGAUGUGAAUAAGUAGAUGUCUGUGUGGCUGCAGAUAUGGCUGUAACGGUGGCCCUGGCUGCUGGUGGAGAGGGUAGAGGUGAGGGGUUGCCGCGUCUCACUGUACUGCCCGGGGUAGCCUCAAACUUCAGAACCUUAUGCCUCAAAUGACUCUGAAAGUCUUUGGGUUGCUCCCUUCUUCAGCCUACACCCCUGCUCCCAAGCUUUAGGCUCCGGGCUCCUCUGGUGAGAGUUUCCUGACAUCCCAGGCAAGGAUUAGCUGUAGGACCUCCAGUCUCCUCAGCCACCUCACUAGCACCUUGACCUUCGGGAACUGGACUUCCCAUCCUUCCCAGUCUCCUUGUGCUUGUGGUCUGGGAGUAAAGGCUUUGCCGGGGAGCCUGUUUACAUCUUCAUUUACUUUUGUAGAAAAGGUGGGGGCUGGAUCGGAGACAGAGGUCACUCACAAGCCUGUAAAUAAAGCAGCCAGUGUGGGGGCAGAAAAAAAAGAUUGGGAGAAAAUGUCAUGCUUGUCUUAGAAAUCUUGCCAAUUACAUUGGCAUCCUGAGAAAUUGCUACUUUGUGGAGCUCAGAUAGUUCCCAAGUGGUGGGAGGUUACAAUUUUUUUUCUGGAACUAUUUAUGUAAGAGAUCAGGUAAUAAUAAAAUGGAUGUGUUUUGUAGCACAGUUUUCUUUUACAGAACUAAAAACAUUCUUGUUACUUUAUUUUUGAAAGUUUCAUACACAUAUGUACUGUACUGUGGUUAUAUUAACAUCCCAUUACCAUCUGUUAUAACCCCUUCCUUUCCCUCUGAACCCCUUCUAAUUCCCCAGUGGCUACAACAUGAAAGAAAAUCAUACCUUCUCCUCCAGUGACAACCAAACAGCCAAUUGUUCCUUAGAAAGAGAUGAGCCCCCAUGGGCAUCUCCUCUAUCGAUGAUGGUAUGUUGAAGAGACCAAUCUUAUGCAGAUAUCCAUAGCUGCCUAGUGUUCAUGACUGCAACACCCAUGUCAUAUCUGA